AUGGAAGUGAGCGAGGAAACUCUCAAGACUAUUAGAGCAACAAACAAGAAGGAAGUUGUACUUGAGUUACAUAAAAGUCUGUACGGCCUCAAGCAGGCUGGACGGCUUUGGAUCCAGCUGUCACACGCCCGAUUGUUAGACGCUGGCUUCAGCCAGUGUCAAUCGGACAUGUGCCUGUUCUGGAAGGUCGAUGAUGGCCAGCUGGUCGUCGUGGGUGUGUACGUGAGCUAUCUGCUGGCCACCAGAACCGAUAAAGCUGCUGUUGAACACUUCUUCAAUCAGCUUAGAAGCCUGUCCCCAAGGACCUCGGCGUCGUCAUCGAAUUUUUUGAAAAUGCGUGUCGCAAUGGAAGAUGACGGCAGCUACAUUCUGGAACAGACGGAAGCGAUAGGCGAGCUGUUGUGUAUGCACGGUCUCGAGAACACCAACGCGACGCAAUCUUCGAUCGGAUUAAACUGCUACAAAGUUCAACUAGAAGACUGCGAGCUGUUGGGUGAGAGCGCAGACAGUGGGGGUCCAAGUGUCCGGACGUUCCAAUCCCUUGUCGGCAGUCUGCUCUGGGUGGCGCGCUGGAUGCGGCCGGACAUCGCGUUUGCUGUGCAUCAAGCAACGCGCCAGAGCCACCAGCCACGACUGCACGAACUCAAGCUUGCCAAACGUAUCGCGCGCUACCUGAAAUUUGUGCGCAAAUUUAAACUGCGCAUGAAGCUGGCGAAGAUCUCAUAUGGGGAGCUGCAGCAUGAGUCCCUCUCGGACGCCGACUUCGCCGCUGACAAGUCGUACAGGAAGUCCUUGACCGUGGGAUCGCUCGCCUGA